GACACAGCGCCGUCGCCCACUCAGGCGCCAUUCCAGCCUCGGCGCCGGAACGCUUCCGCGGCCACCGCCUUUGAGCGGGGCGAGAGAGGGAGCCCCCAUUUCCCAGAAACAGAGCCGUCGGUGAGGAUCCCUGCUUCGCCUUCGGCAGGCGUUCCGUGUGCACGAGGCGGCGAAGAAGGCCGGCGAUGGACCGCGAUGGGCCGGACGCCAUUCGGCGGGAGGCAGAGGUGGAGCGUGGCCGCUACCUGAGCCGCCGCGCCGUGGCCCAGGAGCAGCUGGCGCAAAUAAAGGAGCACAAGGAUCAAGCAGAUCUGGCUAAGCAGGAAAAGAGAAGAGAAGGGGAACGAAUACAGCAAUCAAGCCAAUUGUACCAACUAGAAAUUCAGAGAGAUAAAGAGAAGGAUCAGGAGAAAAAAGUUGAAUUCCAGAGGCAGCAUCAUGAAUAUGUAGCUGAACAGAAAAUAUUUAAAGCUGAAGAGAAACAAAAAGAAGACAAAGAUGAUGAUCGGAUUAAGGCUUAUAUUAAAGGAAAAGAAAUGAUGGCUGAUCUGACAAGAGAAGAAAAUGCAGAGACUAACAGGAUGAUAGAGAAGCGUAAGGACAAAGCUUUUGAACAAUUAAAUGCACAGAUGAAUGAGAAAUUUAAGAUUGAAGAUGAUCGUCUUGCUAGAGGAGCUGCAGAGGUAGAAGUUGAGUACCAAAUAAAAGAUAAAGAGAAAGAAAUGAAAAAAAAGGCUGCUCUUGAAUCCAUUGAAGAAAACAGAGUCACUGUGAUGAAUUUAAAAGAAGAAAAGAAGAGAGAGGAAAAAGAAGAGGAUGAGAAGGAUCGUAAUCAGUGGAUGACAGAAAAUGACGUCUACUUGGAAAUGGAAAAAGCCAAGAAACAAAGACAGCGUGAUGCAAGCAUGGAAAUACAGAAAUUUCAGCUCCAGCAAAUGGCUGAAAAGCAGGCAAGAAAAGAGCAGGAAAAGCAAGCAGACUUGGACUACAAUGCUCAGAGAGAGGCUGCUUUCCAUCGGGAUCAAGCAUUUCGGAGAUAAAGCAAGCAGAAAGAAUGGAAACUUUUAUAAAAGCCUUUUGAUGGCAGAAGCUGGAGCCUUAAGAAGUAUUGACUACAGCAGGAGUGGUGCUGAAACCUGCAGAGCUCGAUAAUGCUCCAAAUGAAUCCCUAAGUGCAAAUUUGCACAUGCUCACUACUAUGCAAUUGGUGAGUUCAAUGGGCUUUUAGUCUCCUUGCACAGCAGCAAGAAACAAGGUGGAUUGCAGCCUCAUUUCCUACUCAGCUUCCAGAAAUGUCCUAUUCUGCAGAUUACGUACAUCUAUAUUUGAAGUCUACAGCCUGCUUCCAUCAGGCUUCUACUCCUUUUACUUUGAACAUCUACAGAAAACCCAUCAAACACAUUAAACUCCAGUACCAGAAAACAACAUUUCAGUACAUCUAGAAUAAAGUGGGAAUUAUAUGCAUUUUUAAAGCAUGUUGGCUAAAUAUAGAUUUAGUUACUCAAAUUCAGCAUGAAAAAAAUCCAGCAGCAAUCAUGAUCUUAAUUUAUUCUGUUGACUCUGAGAUGCACAUACUUUGUAUGCUUGUUUUAAAUAACUAAUUCUAAUUAGUAAUUUUCUGUAAAACCUCUGUAAAGCAUAGUGUGAUGACACUAGAUCAGAAUGGCCACAGGUGGUGCAAUGUUGCUGGUAAAAGGUGUCCUGUGUAAGGCAGGAGGCUGGUCUAGCUGCUCACCAGAGUCCUUUUCAGCUGCCAUUUAAAGAUAGGGAGAUUAAAAUACAGGGAGAUAAACUGCAGCUGAUAAGAAAAGAAACUGUUGACCUGGAAGAACCUACUCAUUGAGAGGUACCUUCAUUUAAUGCCUAGGGCCACUCUUGUGUAGUUAUUAGCUGGAGUCAUCCUUCCUGAAGGCAUUUAGAUGUGUAGAUGAUGCUUAGGGACAUGAAUUAGCUAGUGUUGGACUUCAGUACUGAGUUAACAGCUGAACUUGAUCUUAAAGGUCUCCUCCAGUCUGAAUUCUAUAAAGUUUUAAUUAAAAGCUAGCAAAUGAGAAAAUGCUUUGAGAAAUACUUUGACUAUUAAACUCUAAUUAUUGGUUUUGUUCAAAAAAGCAUCCUCUCAGAUAUUGUUCUGCUUCAGGACAUUGCAGCAGGUGAGAGUCAUGAUAGAUAUUAGCCUUAUUUGAAGACCAAGACCUUAGAAAUGCAAGGCAACCCCUCAGAGGGACUGAAACUGAGACCUUAAAUCCAGCUGCAUUUUUUCCACACUUGUGAUCCAAUUCUGGAAAGAGAACUUUAGUUUGAACAUGUGUGCCUCCAGUGUCUGACAUGGCACUCUCCCAACAGUAUUUCAGCUCACACCUGUGUGGCAGUGCAAAGGUAAGAGUACUGUUCUCAUGGAUCUAAUACAACUCCUACCUGGAAAUGGAAGAGAACAGCUCUCUACAAUGCCUAACAUCCUAAGGGAAUUUGAAUUAACUAACUGUUCAGCUCUUUGCUGUUAGGUAGUCCAGGUGGACUUACUAGGUCUGUGCAAGUUCUUUUUGCAUGUCUUUGCUACCAGUUAGCUCUGAGUAAGUUUUAAGAGGAUACAUACCUGGGAACAAAUGGCCCACGAACAGAAGAGCUGGCACCGUGGGACUAUUAAGGAUGAACACUUUCACAUCCCAAUACAACUUGCUCUAUACUUCUGAAAAAGAAAAAAAAAACUGUUCAAAGCUUCCUUGAAACAUGUUCCUUGUCAUGUUAGGUCAAAUAAUUUACUGCUUCAACAGCUAAAUUCUUUCAGAUGUCUGUUAUUAACUUAGGCCUUCCUGUUACCUCUUGAAUGGAAGAGUGCUGCAGCUAGUCUGUAAUCUUCCUCCUUGUUCUGGCAGUGCAUCCUUGUUUCUGAUACUGAUCUUCCUUCCUGUUCUGAAGGGUAUUUUUGAGAGUUACAAAAUUCACUACCUCUGAAAAGCAUGCAAAAAUCCCCAUAAUCAGUGAAGGCUAAGAUGGUAGAGGGAGGUAAAGGUGAGAGAUUAGAGAUCAUGAGACAUUUUCUUUGGAAUUAUCUUAAUUUUUUUCUGUUUAGACUGAGUCGUGGUAUAGGCUUUGUUAAGCCUGUAAUGUGUGAAGUCAUUGCUUUCAUACUACUGCACUCCCACCACUUUAACCUAAAUUUCUUUUUGUUUUGGUAUAUCAUGGUUUUUUAUUACUAGAUAUUUAAGUGAUACAUGAAUGGUUCAAAUGUGUCCUCUGAUCUGGUAAACCAGUCUCUAAUAAGCAGUCUUAAAGCAGAGCAGUUUGUAGCUUGCUGACACUAUUUUGUAUAAACCAGCGCAACACUUUGUUUUUCUGUGGAUUGUCUCAGCUCCAGAUCAUUAUCCAGAGAAAUUAACAGUUCUGGUGGGUACUGAAGGGCUUUAACAUCAGCACUGCAGGUCCAGGAAAAUUCAACACUGCAUCUCUGAUAACAUAGUAAUUGCACCCCCCCCACCAUCCCCAAUAAGUAGCAUCUGGACUGACUCCUUUUCUGUGUAAAAGGAAAAUAAGCAAAGAUUACAAAGAAAAAGCAGCUGUACUGAAGUGUGUGUUACUGAGCAGACCAAGAAAAAUCCAACAACUGGCACAGUGCACAAGGGCAAAGUUUGGAACUAUCUUUGGUAAAGCUUAUAAGUAUUUCUGCAUUAGUUUCAGCUACAAUCUAUCAGUGCAUAUACAAUUCAUAGAAGCUACUAAUUAUACACUUAAACUGUUUAUUUUUUCUUCAGAAACACAUAUUACCACUACAGAAGCAUCUAGAAAGGAGUCAGAAGCUAGCCACUCACUCCUCCCAAGUUCUGUGCCUGCAAAACCAAUCAGUGCCUGAGAGCAAAAGCUAACUGUGGACCAAGUUACAAGACAUGCUGUUUGCUGCAACCUGCCUAUAACUCAAGCUCAAGAAACAAGUGCUAUAGCUUGCAACUGUACUUGAACUAGUCUAACUUUAUUAUGGAACAAAGCAGUAUUCUUUUCAGAAAGUCAAAUGGUAACAACCAAAGGUAAACUAUCAGUUCAUCUGUACUGUACUCGUUGAAUAUUCCUGGGCCUCCAGGCUUAACUCAAACCUUCUGUUUUGACUUGAAAAAAAAAGUCUUACUCAACAAAUAAAAUUGGAUACAUCUGUCUGUAACAAUAUAA